UUCUUAUUUCACAGUUAAACGUAAAACGAAUAACAUGCACUUUAUGACUUUGAUAAAAUGUAAAUUACAAUGACACAAAUCCAUUUAUUUGUGAACAUUAUUUUUGGAGAAAAAUACAUGACCUCACAUGCCGGAAGUGAUUUUGGUGGCAGGCGUGCGAUCAUUUUGACCUCAUUCACCGGAAGUGGAGUCGCGCGGAGUCGGACAGCCCUUCGCGAGAGAAAAAAAUAGAAAAAAAUUGAGGGGGAAAAAAAAAUCGGUGAAUCCAAGGGGUUCGGGCGGAUUUGGACGAAGUUUCCGAACUGUCCCGGCCCGGAGGAGCCCUGGGGGUUGAAAGGGAAUCGCCAGCACCGAAAUAAUGGAAGAUUCCCAUUUCAACUCAUCAUACUUUUGGUCUCCCGUUCCAACAGUGCAAGGACAGAUUGAGAACGCCAUGUUUCUGAAUAAGAUGAAAGAGCAGCUGGGGCCAGACAAGGGCACUGCUUUUCCACACUCGUCCGCGGCGCACUACCCCACGGCGGUGCUGACGGUGCCGGGCUCGGUCGCCAUGGACACGGGAGCCGUCGGGAGGGUGCCGAAGCAGGAGGGUGGAGGAGGAGGAGCGAGCGGGACAGCAGGGGCGCAAAUAUCUGGCGUGGGAGUGCACCUGCACCCACCUCACACGUCCCAGAACAUCACGGUGGUGCCUGUCACAUCUACUGGCAUCAUGACAGCAGGUGGAGAGAGGGACAGCGCGCUCUAUAUGUUGAGAAUGUUCUGCUCUUUUCUGUCAGAGGCUGUCCGGCCCCCUUCCCUCUAUCUCCACAGCCACUACAAGAAAGAGGACGGCAGUAUUCCACCCGCCGUAGUCAUGCCACUUCCCUCAAAGCGGGGCCGAAAGAAGAAGUCCAUGAUGCCAAGGGCAGGUCUCGUUUCAGCCCAUGCACUCGCCACAGGAAGUGAUGCGCUAAUUCUUGCACACCUGGCCGCUGGGGGUCAGCACAACGCGAAUGACCCAUAUGACCUUUCCAAUGAUGAAGAUGAUCAUCCAGGCAAAGAUGGGAACAAGUCAUACAGGUGCCGGAUGUGUGCGGUGACGUUCUUCAACAAAUCAGACAUGCAGAUUCAUGCCAAGUCGCACACGGAGGCGAAGCCGCACAAGUGUCCUCACUGCUCCAAAUCCUUCGCCAACUCCAGCUACCUGUCCCAGCACAUCCGCAUCCACAGUGGCGCCAAACCCUACACCUGCUCCUACUGCCAGAAAACCUUCAGGCAGCUCAGCCACCUGCAGCAGCAUACACGAAACCACACAGAGGGCAAACCGCACAAGUGUCCUCACUGCUCCAAAUCGUUUGCCAACUCCAGCUACCUGUCCCAGCACAUCCGCAUCCACAGCGGCGCCAAACCCUACACCUGCUCCUACUGCCAGAAAACCUUCAGGCAGCUCAGUCACUUACAGCAGCAUAACAGGAUUCAUACUGGCGAUCGGCCAUACAAGUGUUCCCAUCCCGGCUGUGAGAAAACAUUUACCCAACUAUCCAACCUCCAGUCUCAUCGAAGACAGCACAACAAGGACAAGCCAUACAAAUGUCACAAUUGCAACCGCGGCUACACAGAUGCGACCAGCUUAGAGGUUCACUUGUCUACACAUACGGUGAAACACGCCAAACUCUUCUCCUGUGGCCUCUGCAACCGCGCCUACACAUCUGAGACGUACCUGAUGAAACACAUGCGAAAACACAACCCAGACCCUCUGACGGUAGCAGCCGCAGUAGCUGCCCAGCAAGCCCAGCAGGGCCAGAAUCCGGCUCAGCCCUUGGGCGUGGGAAGCGGCAGGGGUCGCGGGCGAGGCAGGGGGGCCGGAGCGGGAACGGCGGCCCAAGCGCAGAACCAACCCAACCCCACCUCGCCAACCAGUUACUCUGUUACAGAGGGAAUACCCUGCCCUUUCGACCUGCAUCAGUACAAGACCGUGUCGGCUGGAGAGAUCCAGUACAAACCAGUCACCGUGGCCGACCUGACGGCCCACAAAGACCUCUGCCUCACCGUCUCCACCUCUGCCAUCCAGGUGGAGCACAUGAACUCAUAGAGAAACUUGAGGAGAAUGAGAGUGAGGAGGUGGGGUGAGGAGAAACGGACCAUGAAUUGGAUAGGAAAUAAAACACUGCCUUGGGACAGAGGAGGUUUUGCAAAUACAGACUGGCAGGAGGGGAGAGCAGGUUUGCAAAUUGAGGAGAAAAGGAGAGAUGGAGGAGCACAUCAACUCUUAUGAGUUGUUGUCUUUCUUUAGACUUGCUCUGCAGUGUCACAAAAAAGGCCUUAAACUGUCAUGGUGGCUAUUCUCAGUUAGCAGCUAUUGAAAUAUACAAUACCCAGCCCCAAUUCUGUCCCUUUGGCCACUAUGGAUUGCAGCAGUCGGGUUACGGAAGUAAACAUACCAUUCAUUUUCUCCAUUGGGGAAUUGAUUUUUAGUAAAUACAAACCAUUGAAGACAGACCAACUGUGAGCUACAAGUGUAACGGGGCUGAUGAGGCGUGAGACGUGUGGA